CGUGAGUAGAGGGUCACGUGAUGGUCACGUGAGCGCGCGUGCGGCGAUGGCGGAGCUGCGCGUGCUGGAGAGCAGGAUCACUCACCUGUCGGACAGGUGCGCGGCGCUGCGCGCGGAGACACACGAUGACGACUAUCUACAGAACGCGUCCUCCAUCCUCGACCGGCUGAAGAGCGCGCAGGCCGGAGAGAGCAGCAGCGUGGCCAAGCUGCUUCAGGAUUAUACUCAGGUCAUACUGGACAUCACAUUCUAUGAGGAGAACAGACUUGUUGAUCAGGAGUUUCCAGAGGACACGUCCCCCUUUAAAAUCCAGCAGCUGCUGCAGGACCUGACGGAGCCUGAGAUCUUAGCAGGACGACUGGCACCCACCCAGGAGGUGCAGGUUGUUUUGGGUUUGGAGCUGCUGGAGUGUCUGUACUGGCGUCGUGGAGCUCUGCUCUAUAUGUACUGCCACACGCUGCACCAGAGGAAGCAGUGGAUCAAACAGAACAAAGCCACCUUCCUGAAGUGCGUUCAGGAGGGCGUGCGGUACCUGAUGAAGAUGCUGCAGGUUCGGAGCUCCGUCAAGCUGAACGAUGGAGUCGUUUUCCAUGAUUCCACAACUGCUAACUUCCUGUCAGAAGGGAUCUUUUCCGACACCCACCUGCUGACGAUGAUGUACAUCGGAGAGAUGUGUUUCUGGGCGGUGAAGUACGAGGACGGCAGCGCGGACGGAGCGGAGCAGAAGGAGGACAGGCUUCAUUUCCGGGACAUCGGAGCUCAGAUCCUGAAUAAGUACGUGCUGGCGUGCGAGGGGCCGCUGCAGGGCCAAGGCUGGAACACAGAGAACGCUAAAGAAAUCCUCAGCAUCCUGCAGUAAACGCUGCUCCGGCUCGCCGCUCCACCACGCUCACAGUUCUAGUCCAACAACAAAAAUGGGUUUAAAAAAACAGUAAAGUUAUUAAAAAGCACUUAUCUUCCGUAAGUCCAGGCUGCUGGACGCCUCUGUGUUCUGCGAAUGUGCAUUAACACUGAUUCUGAUGUAAGAUAAAAAAAAAAAACACAAAAAAACUUUGUUUAAAAACAAUAUUCCACUUUUUAUUUAUUUUAGUUGACUUUAUUUAUUUUUAAUUGCAUUUCUAUAUGUUAAGAGGAGUGUUUUCGGGGCGGGGGGGCUGUACAGACGCGUUCUGAAGUGUUCACGGCCGUUUUUCAGUAUAGACAGUUUUGAUUUUAAUACCAUAUUUGUAUACCGAGUCUCUUUUUCUCACUCACUAAAUGUUGCAUCUUUAUUCCCUCGACGAGCCGUAACGUUCCCAGAUAUGAACUUUGAUAUUUUGAUAGUACACUUGUAAAAAAGCUCAACUUUUCGCUCGUAUUACUUUGCAGUUGUGUUCCAUGUUUUGUUUAUGUCUUCAUUGAAAAUAAAUUUGGUUUAAAAAAGG